GUUUUGAAACUAUGACGGUACGUGCACGCUAUGCGAUGACUUCGGCUGUUUUAACUUUUCGGUUUGCAGGCAAUAGGCCUAGAGAGAAGGCUAUUCCUUUUUCAUAAGGCUUCUGUGUUCCUUCUGUCGGGCGAUAAAACCUGGUGGGUAUCUGCUACUUCCCGUCAAUAUAUCCGAUGGAUUGAAUACUCAGUCCACACUGUUGUUUGAGACCGUCCAUGUAACAAUCCUUUGGUCCCAACCAAAUCUAAGUCUCAUUUCAAACGGUGUUUUAAAAUCUUAACUAGUACAGUGUGAAAUUCAGUGUAAAGCAUGGUUUUUUUCUAUCCGUUCACCAGCUAUAAUGCUACUCAUAUUUUCUUUAUACUCCGACUCAUAUAUGAGGUUUUCUGACCAUGCGAUAAGUGAGCAUACUUGCAUAAAUGUCUUUGAAUCCUGAAACUAUGAAGCUAAACCGUCCACUUGAUAUUCAUGGAUCAAAUCUUGUUUGGUUCGGAGAAACUAGCAUUAUUUCAAUCGAAUGGUAAUGUCCAUCAGUGGAGUUUGGAGACUUAUCUGCAGAAAAGUCAUACAUUGCUAAUCCAAACCUUCAACCCAUACCAUCUUCGAUUUGCUCAGUCGAACGUAAACUAGUCUUAUCAAAAAGUGCGAUCUGAUUUCAACUACACCCCGCAGCUUGACAAGUAAAUCACAUUACUGCUGUGCAUAGUUGAGUAACGUAUGCCCCGGUAAUAAUGUUCCGUUAAUGUUUCUGCUAAAUGAAGGGCAAUUUAAAUCGUGUGACAUGUUAAGAUUACUCAUUGGUAUUUAGAAGAAAUGGUGUUCUGCAAAGUAAACCGUUAUGGUAAUUAUGAUAUUUUCUCAAACGAUGUACAACUCAUGAAGUCAGAUUUCUCUCUUAUCUGCACUUUGUAGGUGGUUUUUAUUUCAUGUAAACAGCUACUCUCCUUCCGAUUCUAUUGACAAGUCGGUUUUCUUUUUACUCGUCGACUAUCAGACAGAAUUUCCGAGUCCUAUUUAAUUCUCUCUGUUCUAGAUAGGCUCUUACAGAGAUUGAUUCUUGAAGCUCAGUGCACUUAGUAGGUACAGAUUUACGUUUCUAGAUAAAUCCGCAAAAUUCAUAAAGUACAGCUAGGGGCGGCCAGAUUAAAACAUGACACAAUUCCAUGAAUUCACUGACGAGUGAACUGAGCCAUGUUGAUAGAUGUAGACUACCUGGUUGGGAUCCGCAAGGUGAUAGUAACCGAUGGUUAGAGACCUUGAAUGACAUGGCUCAAAAUCGUUUGAAAUGGCGAAGGUGCAUCCACUCAUUGUGUUCUCCUAAAUUCUUCAUGUCCCUUUCUAUUUUUCUGGUUCCAAAUUUGUUUCACCGGAUUAUACUUUUUGAAUAACAUCUUCAAACCCUAAUCUUUCUGGGUGUGGCCCCCUAAGAAAACCACCUGCUUCAAUUUGGGCAUCUGGGCAGUAUCACAGCCCUCACACAAAUCCAAUGAGAUUUGUGUGGCGCACAUAUACCUAUUGUCUUGUACCAAUAUUUAUGCGUUUAAAUAAAAAAAACUUUCUGAUUACUGAUUAUACUCUUACUACUUUUACCACUAUGAGAUUUGAAUGGACAAUUACAUCUCUGUGCUAAUGUGGUAUGGCAACCCAAAUUGAUGUGCGUACGUACCAAGUUGUAUGUUGUGACUGACUGAUAAAAUGCAACCAUUUUUUAGGGUGGUGAUAUUUUAUUCCAUUCAUCAUAAAAUACAGUAUCAAAUAUUGCGUAUCUAACUCUUCGAUUGCAGUUAGAUCAAUUAAACUGAUUGUUUGAAUUUAUUAACUAAAUGCAAAGGACAUUCAGGAUAACAGUCAAAGUAGAGAAAGUUGAUUAAAACCUACAUAGAUAGCAUAACUGACUCAUCAACCGGAAUUGAGUUUUUAUGUUACGAAAGCUUCACUCAUGAUAAGUUUUGUUUCUAUUUAAACGCAAAUACUGGCACAAGGAGGCAUCAAAUCUAUACACGCCCCGCAUCAUUCGAUUUGUGUGAGGGCUGGGAUAAUUCUCGCGCGCUUAAACCGAAGUAGGUAAUUAAAUCACAUAGGAUAAGUUAAUUUACCCAACUUGUCUUUUGACAAGUACACCCUUAAUCCGUUUAAAGUAACAAUACCAAAGCCAUAAUUUGAUUGUAGUUUUUCCAUUAAAAGUAUUUCAUUUCGUAGCGCACAUUUUUAUGAUGCCUUUUUGCUUUUCAGAAGGUCUAUAUUCUGUAUGAGCACGCGUUAGGAUAUGCUCUGUUCAGAGUUAAAAUCAAGUCAGUAGAAACUUCAAAUCUUGUUACUGCGUUACAACAGUUAGCUGCAGAUCUUUUGAACAAUGAAGAAGAGUUCAUGAAAUGCUUUAAAUUGCAUGCAUUUGUGCCUUUCUCUUCCUCAGCUAGUGCUCUACAAAAUUGUAAUGGGAUAUCAGAAGGCGUUGUUCCACAGGAACUUAAAACGUUCAUAGAGGAGAAUUUACCUGCUUCUUCAGAUGUUUUGCUGUGCAUCUCAGACCGGAAACUCGCUGAAUCUCUUAAAGCGCCUGAAAUCGGAUUGCCAGAAACUAUUUCAUUUUCUUCUGAAUCCAUCCUUCAUGAAGUCUACCGGGCUCUCCGAUUUUACUUUCCUAAAUAUAUCAAAGAGUUUUCUCAUUUCGAUGAAUCAAAAGCUCAAAUAGGUUUGGGUCAUAGUUAUUCUAGAGCUAAAGUGAAAUUCAAUAUAUACAGGUUUGUUUAUUUUUAUCAUUUACUCAUCUACUUGUUUAGAAAUGACAAUAUGAUUAUUCAAUCCAUAAAUUUACUAGACCAAUUAGAUAAAGAUGUAAAUAACUUUUGCAUGCGUGUCAAAGAAUGGUUCUCAUAUCAUUUCCCAGAAUUGUCAAAAAUUGUUCCUGACAAUCCAACUUUCGUUAAAGUAGUCGGUCUUAUUCGCACCCGAGCUGGUGCAACAGAAGAAAAUCUUGAUGCAUUGGAGGCCUUAACUAAUAGUCAAGUUGCUUCAGAUAUCAUUGAAUCUGCCAAGUCAUCCGUUGGCUUUGAUAUUACGGAUGAUGAUGCUGAAAAUUUGGCAACAUUCACUGAGAAAAUUAACGCAUUAAUUGAACGUAGAAGACUAACACAAGAAUAUUUAGCUAAGAAGCUUGCUGGUGUUGCUCCAAACUUGAGCACAAUGAUUGGGGAUAGAGUAAGUGCAAGGCUAAUUGCUCAUGCGGGAUCGCUUACGAACUUGGCUAAAUUCCCUGCCUCGACAAUUCAGAUAUUGGGGGCGGAAAAAGCGUUAUUCAGAGCAUUACGAUCUCGUGGUGCUACACCAAAGUACGGAUUGAUUUAUCAUAGUCCAUUUAUCGCUCGUGCUGCGCGAGAAAACAAAGGAAAAAUCUCCAGAUUUUUGGCUGCAAAAUGUGCUAUAGCCUCUCGGAUCGACUGCUUUAGUGAAGUGCUUUGUGAUAUCUAUGGGAGACAUUUGAAGCAACAAAUUGAGGAUAGAUUGAAUUAUUUUGAAACUGGCACUACGCCUCCUACAAAUGCUGAAGCUAUGGCGCGCGCAAUUGCUGAAGUAAAUAAAUAUAUUCAACGAACAAAGAAAAAAGCGAUUAAAACAUUGAAUAAAAGAGAUUCAGAUAGUCAAGAAGAAGCAGCUGUAACCACAAUGGAAACACCUAUAUCAGAUGGUAAAAAGAAGCGUAAGAAAAAACGUCAUUUAAAUGGGAACAUCACUACUACUGAUACCAAUACUACUGUUGUAGAUGGUGUUUUGAAUGAUCAUAAUGAAGUAAUCAAUCUUGAUGAAGGUGAAUUAGAUCAACAAUCAACUGAAAUAAAUCAAUAUCAGUUAUUAAAUGAUGACAAAGAAGAGAAAAGUAUAAUAGGGAAGAAAAAGAAAAAACGUCAUCAUUCAGAAUCGAUUGAGAUCGUAGAAAAUUCAAUGUUAGUAAAUGGUAAUAGUAUUUGUGUAGAAACGAUGGAAACACCAAUAUCAUGUAAACGUAAACGAUCAGCUUCUGAGUCAAGUAUACUUUUAGAAGAUAUUAAACCGGAUAGUUUAAAAAAGAAGAAAAGAAAAAAAUGUUAUAUAAUGUUGGAUUAAUUUACAUUUCAUAACUGUGUAAAAGAAGACCAUCUAUUGUAAAUAAUAGUAUCUACGGUUAUUAUUUUUUUUUUGUGUGGAAUACAAAAUAUGUUUGUG